CGUUAAAGGAAGUAAAAAGGUCAAGUACGGAUAUGUUUAUGGGUACAAGAGGACAAAGAAAAUUAGUAAGCCUUGGAUUGGUAACUGGAAUUAACAAGAUAAAGAAGCUGUUGAUAUAGUUCGAUUCCAGGUUGAUUGCCGAUUUAUGGAUUCCAGUAUUUACUUUUGCGUUCCAUGUGCUUUUGACAAUGCAAAAAUCUCGGCAAACGUGUGGUGUAGAGAAUGCCGAGAAACUUUAUGUGACAGUUGUAACAAACAACACAAACGAGUAAAUGUUUGUAAAAACCACUAUACCAUCGCUGUUGAUCUCCUUCCUUCCAAAGAAGUUUUGGAUUCUAUAUCUCUGAGCAAUCACUGUUCUGAACACACAAAUUCCAAUGCAGUUUUGUAUUGUCUUGACCAUGACGAACCUUGCUGUUCUAAAUGCUUGGUUCAGGAAAAUGAAAAGCAUAAAAAGUGUAAAACUGUGUCUAUCCAAGACGCCUCGGAAAACGUAAAACGUUCAACCAUUCUAUCAUGUAUAUCAAAUGAUAUGGAAGAUAUUCAAAGUACAUUAUCAAAGUUAAGUUAUUUAAAUGAUUUGAAUAUAGAAAAUAUCGAUUCAGCUGGUGCAGAUGUCAUUUCUAAGGUCACAAAUUUUAAACAAAAUAUCAUGGCAAAGCUCGAUGAAUUCGAAAACAAAGUGUUCAAAGAUCUGAAGUUGCACCAGAAAGAAAUAAAGUCUAAAGUUCUGCAUCAAAAAGAAAAGGCAACUAUGGUAAUGAAUUCUGUAGAAAAAUGUUCCACUGAAUUAGAAUUCAUAAAGUCCCACGGAUCAAACGAACAGAUUCUUUUACAUUCAUUUAAAGUACAGAAAACUGUGAAGACAUGUACAGAGGCCUUAGAAGACGUACUAUUACAAUCAAAGGUCUAUAAUCUUGACCUUGAAAGAUUUCAACACGACCUAGCCGUCUUUGCUGAGCCAUCUGUUAGUAUUAGUGUUUCACAAUCACCAUCCACAAUAAUCCACGAGGCAAGAAACCUUCUGCAAGCACAAUUUGUUCCAGUCGUAUCCAUACAACCAAGACUCGAUAAAUUUAAUCAUCAAAAUAGCUUUCAGUUGGAAGGAUAUUUUCAAAGGGAUAUUGGAAUAGCAGUCUCUGAAGAUGAACACAUCAUUCUAUUCCAUCGUUUGGCAAUGCGUAUUGUUAAGUACAGUAUUACUACUGGGGAGCAAAUUGCAAGCUGUCACAUGAAGUUUUUAGUAAGUGGAGUUUCUGUUCUUCCAGGGAAGGAUGCUGUGAUUGUCAGCCUGUCGAACAAAAAAAAAAUUUAUUUUGUAAAUUUGAAUACAAUGGACCAACAGGAAACAAUAAUAUCUCUACCAGAAAUAAUCGCUGGUAUCCAUGCAACUUCAAAUAAAAUUCUUGCAGGAAGUAACUUUUGUUUAUACUUACUAAGCCAUAGUGGUCAGAUUCUCUCUACAUUCGAAGCAACAAAUGCCAAAUGGUAUGCAAUUAGACAUGUUCGACUUUGUGAAAACGACACUAUUCUGUACUCCGAUUCAAAGGCAGUAUAUACUUAUUCUUCAGAUCAGCAGAACAAAUGUAUAUACAAGUGCACAUAUACGUUAGCCAGUGCAAUAGAGGGCAUUGAAACUGACAAAGAAGGAAACUUGUACAUUCUUUUACCAGGGACGUCCGAAGUAAUAACAAUAUCUUCUGCUGAAUCUGAACCUGAACAAGUAUUCCUUGGGAAAAAGGACGGCCUGUCAUACCCGAAAGCAAUUUGUUUCAACAAAACAUAUAAUACCUUUCUCGUGGUAAACAAUUCCGGACGCCACCUUUCAAUCUUCAAAAAUAAUUAAGCAAACAUAUGUUGUUCUCUCUUUACAAUUUCAAGUUGCAUAGGUGAUAUAGUGACAUGUUUGUCCUUUUAUCAAUAUAUAUAUAUAUUAUAUAUGUUAGACUCAGAUUGACGUCCGGUCUCAAAUCGACGUCCGUUCUUCAAAUCGACGUCCAAAUCUGACGUCACAUUCUCAAAUCAGUGUCCAAUAUUUUAAUCCUCUAAUUAUAAUCGACGUCCAAUGUGACGUCAUGUAUUGUCAAAACGACGUCCGAUCGAUUGUAGUUUCUCCAAUUUUUGUGCUUUUGCACAUUUCUUGAUCGGUGUGAGAAAAAUAUUUCUCCUCACUAGUGAAGUAUCUGUUCUCGGCAAAUGAUUGGUCGAAAUUUAAUUAUGACGUCAAAUUUUCUUGGUUUCUUCUGAAUUUCCUAUUGUGACGUUAUGAAAAAAGGCGACAAUGCCUGAUGACGUCACAUAUAAAGAACACAACUUUCUGCAAAUCUUUGAAAAAAAAGAUAAAAAUCAUUAGAGAAACAGAUUCCACCACUAUAACUCGUGUAUUAUUUAUUGGACAUCGAUUAGAGAAAUAUAGAUGUCACCACUGCAACAAGUGUGUUACGAUAUUUCUCCACUCUCGACAGUUUAAUUUUUAUUAUUUAAAAAGCUCGGCAAGCCUCGCGCUUUAAAUAUUAAGAUUUAACUGUCUCGAGUGGAGAAAUAUCGUAACACACUUGUUGCAGUGGUGACAUUUAUAUUUCUCUAAUCGAUGUCCAAUAAAUAAUAAAUUACUGCACGUAUAUUAUACAUGUAGAUGUAUAAGACUUUGAUUGAUUUUGGAACAUUCAAAUACGAAAUAAAAAAUGAAUUUUGGUCUGUUUGUUAUUUAUAACAACCCAAUUUUCAAGGAGUUACAGACUUUCCAUAGAGAUUUUUCAACCCGAAAUAGGUAACAGAUGUAUUGAUAUUCAUUUGUAUAAGGUCGAUUUCUAUCCGACGCAGCAUUAUUGUCUCUAUUUAUAUCAUCUGUAUCGUUUUGUCUUUAUGUAAAGCUGUUUUAAGAAACUUAUUGUCUUUAUACAUUACAAAUCGUAAUGUCUUAGUAGACGUAUGAGAAGGAACAACCAGAGACAUAUAUACACAGAGAUUGCAGGGCCGUAACUAGCCUCUGUUAGAAGUGAUGGUAAAUUAUUCGCCUCGCUCCGCUUGGCGAAAAAAUUUCCGGCGAGGGGUCUGGGGGCCGCUCAAGGCCCUCAGAAGCUCUGGAAAAAAUGACGUAAAAUCGUACAUUCUGAGCGUUUCCCGGACCCUUUCUUAAUCUGACACGCAAGUUUUGUUUUAAUUAUUUUUUUGACAAUAUUCUGGUCUCAAAGCAAAAUAUAUAGAUUCAGUGUAAGACUUUUAGUGUUUAGGGACAACAUCAAAAGACCGAUAUGAAGGAUACAGCAAAAAUCAUGAUUCACAUAGUUAAGUGUGUGGCUGCUGUUUUUUUGUUUUGUUUUUUUGUUUUUGUUAUUGAGUUUCUGCUUGUAGGAAAAACGUAUUAUACCUGUCAAUUACGUUCUUUUCAAAUUAAGCUAAGAAGGGGCUGAUUAUCAUUAAUAUAACUAUGUGAAUUCAGUUUUUAUAACACAUUUCAAUUACAACUUGAUGUAGUUCCUAACUGGGAUAGAAAGGGUACACUCAGUGUAGACUCAGGAAAACUGUUCUUAUAAGACCUCAUUGCUACAUUUUUGUGCUGUUUUAAUAUGUAUAUCGGGCGAUUAAUGUCGGAUCUGCCUGUUCUGGUCUUGUAUUGCGUUUAGACUUUGGUGUAAUUUUUUUAUGACUUUGUAAUUUAUUCACAGUUACUUUAAGUACCGCUUAAUUCGACGCUAGGGGCCGUCUUGACAUUGUUGUAAGGUAUGAAUGAUUCGUUCAUUGUUGAAGACCCUCCAGCGACUGUCAAGAUGAAGAACAGGAAUAAAAGACCUGUUCAUUGAUAAUUCGUAUUUUUUUCCAUGCACAUUUACUCCAUAACCAUUUAUUUUCUAUUAAAGGACCUGAACACGACUUAAUGCAAGUUUACGCCCUUCAAUGUAAAAGGUCAUAUGGCAAUACAUUACUUUUUUGUUUUUAAAUGAUUUGAUUCCAGGAGAUUGGUUGUCUCACUUUAAUUUAACCCAUGUCAUCUUUUUAGUUUAAUAGAAAAGAGAGUCAGUUUUGUAUUCGUUAAUAUAAAGUAUAAUUUUCCAUGAAAAAAACGAUCAAUUUUUCUAUGUCCGGUAGCUUCGUAUCUUCUCAAAACAUUUUCUCGAACAAUAUCUGGACAUCGGUGGAGAUCUAACAUUGCCAAACCACACAACCGUUCACCCGUCAUUAUCGACCACUUCGACUAUGCUAUUUCGAUAUUUUUUAUUUUUCAUUAUGAAUUUUUCAUAGACUAACCGAUACAUAUUUUUAAAAUUUGAAGUAGUUUUUGAAAUUAGACGAAAGGUCCUUAAAUAUAAUAAAACUCAAGUUUAAAACAAAAUUACUAAUUUACAAAUGAAAUUCAACGCUAAGACAAUAGUCAUGCAGAAGGGCAAUCAAUGAACAAAAGACAAACCCGUGAACAGAUAAGACACAUAACAACAAAUUAUAGACAAUCAACACUGAAAACUAAAAAUAAAUGAGAAACAUGGAUCCGAAAAAAAAACAGGGGCGACGUCAGAGGGUGAACAGAGCUUGCCGUGAAAACAAUUUAAUAUGAAGACAAGCUUUUUGUUUCAACUUAUUAUUUUUUUUUAAAUUUCCAACAUGAGGCAUUUGCCUCAUUUGCCUCAAUGUAGUUACGGCCCUGACUGAUGGUAUUAAGGAAAACAUUUUGACGAAACUGCAUUAUUGGUUGGGUCUUCGCAUAUUAAAAUGGGGCUGAACACUUUAUUGCUGUUGCACUAUAGCGCGAACUUCACAUCUUUAUUCUAUCUAAAUUAUUCCAUGUAAUUAUAUCAUAUCUGUUUUAAUUUAAUAUUACGUUUAAUUUUUGAUUGACCCAUAAUUAAAGUAUCAUUUAUGGAACCUUUGCAUGAAUUUCCUGAAUGAACGUACAUUAUUGGUGUUGUUGAAAUCACUUGUUGCUGCCAUAAAAUAGUGAAUAUGAAUUUGAAUCUGUUUUUUUUUCGCAGUUUUUUUAAGACUUACAAUCACCGACUCUGAUUAAAAACAAUUUGUAUCAUAAGUAGUCAAAUUAUCUGCUGAACUGUAGACUUCUAAUUUUUUGUUUCAUAGACUAUCGACUGAGUACUGCAACAUUCUUAUCUUUACUCUUUGCUGUCGGGGAGUGAACUUCGAGUGAAAUUAGACAGAUAUAUGUCUCUGGAAUAACACAGUCAGUUACAUCUCUUCCCAAAGAAUCAACUAAAGCAAAGUAAAAGGACUAACAUCGAUAAAUGACAACGAGUAUACGUCAAUGAGAAAACAACCCAACGACAAAGAAACUUGACCAAACGACAUAUAGAGAUCAAAAUUCAGUCUUCAACAAUGGACAAAACAAAGAAGUACAGCCAACUGUUUUGAGAGUAUUACAAUUCGGACUCUGUUAGAUAUUUUUGUUGUGCUGUUACACCACUGUUCCAGGUUAGGGGAGGGUUAAGCGCUAACAAACAUGUUUAACCGCGCCAAAUUCUUUAUGUGCCUGUGGUCCAGUGUUGUUGUUGGUUUAUGUCUGUUAUAAUUGUUUUGUUAUAAAUAAAACUGUUAGUUUUCUAGUUUGAAUUGUUUACAUUUUUCAUGACGUGGCCUUUUAUACAUCAUUGUAGCCGACUUUACGGUAUGGGUUUUUAUCAUUGUUGAAAGCCGUAUGGUUGCCUAUAAUUGCUUACAUCCACCUCAUUUGAACUCUAGUGGAUAGUUUUCCAAUUGGCAGUCAUACCACAUCAACGGCUUAUAUUUUUUAUAUAAUCUCUUAAAAUUUAAAAUUGAUGUUACAACCUGCAUAUAUCGGUCAUUUUAUAAAGUUAUGCGUCAUUGCGGCAAAUCCAUAAAACGGACGUCGAUUAGAGAAGCAAAAAAUUGGACGUCGAUUUGAGAACAACUAAAAGACGUUGAUUUGGAAUCUUUUAUUGUGACGUCAGAUUUGUACGUCGAUUUGAGGAACGGACGUCCAUUAGAGACCGGACGUCGAUCUGAGUCUUACAUAUAUAUUAAUUCUUCAUGAUGAGAAGAUGCACAUACUUUAUAUCAUAAAUGUUAUAGGGUUUGUUUGUUUUGUGGGUGAACAUCUACCUUUAAGUGCCAUUGUGUAACAUUUAGUAGUUCUUUUUAUUAUUAAUUGUUUUUGGCUUUUAAGUAGCUUUCAGUAACUGUGAGUACUCUCAAAUCGUUCUUUCGUGUUAUUUGACCUGUUGAUACAAUUUGUAAUGUAUUUUUGUUAUUUAAUGUUUACUUAUUUAGCGUUAUAUCUCGUCUCACUAUUUUUAAUAUUUACCACCUUUGAUAAGUGUUUAGUAUGACGAUAAAUUUUCACUUCUGUGCUAUGAACAACAAAUAAUAACAACAAAAUUAUUUAUUUUGUAAAAAAUAUUUCCGUACUCCAUGUGUACCUUACAACAAAAUUAUUUUUAUUUGCCUGUGUACGUUAUUUUAUUUGGCGGCAUUUUGUCCAAGGUAAUGGUUGUAUUUCUGAUAUUUUUUUGCAUCUAACCCCCUUGUUUUAUUACUUUCGUAUUUACAUUGUGUCAUAGAUCAAAUUCAUUCGUUCAGUGAAUGUUCACUUGUUUUUGUUAAUAUAUCUUUUGAUUGAGUUAAGCCAUUGCAAUUGAUAUUUUAUAGUGUGUCUUUCUAUGUUGUGAUGUUACUUUAUUGUUUCAGGUUAGGGUGAAGGUUGGCGCCUAUUAAAACGUUUAAACCCGCUGCAUUUGUUUGCACCUGUCCUAAGUCAGGAACCUGAUGUUCAGUGGUUGUUGUUUGUUGAUGUGGUUCAUAAGUGUUUCUCGUUUCUCGUUUUUUAUAUAGAUUAGACCUUUGGUUUUCCUGUUUGAAUAGUUUUACACUAGUCAUUUUUGGGGCCCUUUAUAGCUUGCUGUUCGGUGUGAGCCAAGGCUCUGUGUUGAAGGCCAUUCUUUGACCUAUAAUGGUUAACUUUUACAAAUUGUGACUUGGAUGAAGAGUUGUCUCAUUGGCACUCAUACCACAUCUUCUUAUAAAAAAUAAAAUUGAGAAUGGAAAUGGGGAAUAUGUCAAAGAGACAACAACCUGACCAAAGAGCAUUAUAUAUAAAUUGGUACAUUCUAGAUUCUCAAACAGUGUGAUUAUAACAGACAAUACUCAUUUGUGUCUAAAACAAAAUCUAUAAAAGCAAAAAAAAAGGUAUGUUGUGUUUAUAGUUUAUGUAGAGAACAUAAAACUGAAAAUGGGAAGGGUUGUUAGGUCGUAUAUUCCUCAAACUGUUCUAUCUUAAAAAGCAUUUGAGGUUAGUAAAUAUGGAAUAUACAGAGGCAGAUUUAGGGGGGGGCAGGGGGCCCGGCCCCCCCUUUUUGUGGGAAAAAUUUGGUUGAUUAUAUAGGGAAUCACUGAAGCAUGACUGGAGCGGGCCCCCUAUUAAGCAGUCAGUGGGCCCACCUUAUGAAAAUUUCUGGAUCUGCCACUGAUAUAUUCAAAAUUUAAGAGAUGAUUUAAAGAUAAUCGUUGCUGUUUUUGACAACCUAGGCAAUGUUUUAUUCUACUAUCAAAUAUGAUGCACUAAAAAAAGGGAGAAUACGAUGCUUUCUUAUUGAAUUUUUUAUAGGAAUUUCAUGUAUUUUACAUUUAUAUGUAGAACGUUUGAUCAGCCUUUUGGAAAAAAAUAAGAACUUGUAAUUUAUAUAGAUGUCAAAAAUGGGUUAAAAUCAGAGGGUUCUGUGGGAAAACAGGAAGCCUUACCGAUACAUUUUUUUUUAUUGUGACUUUCCAUUAUGGAGAGACCAAUUUUGUGUGUAAUAUUGGGCUUACUAUCCAUAGUCUUGCCAUGUAUUCAUAUCUCCACUAUAAACUUAAAGAGAAAUGGUGAUUGGCACAUGCAUUCAUCUUUCAAGAAAUAAUUUGAAAAAAAGGUCAUCAUAGGAAGGUUUGCCUCUUAACCAUUGGCAAGUCCAUACACAAUAAUGGAAACACUGAAUUCCAAUAAUAAAAUAAAUGGGGAAUGUAUCCAUGGGACACAGAUGAUGCCCCCGCUUGCAUAUCAUAUAAAUAUAUAAAGGAACAUAACUGAAAAACGGUAAAAGUGAUGCUACCCAAAUUUGUACUUGAUCUGAGUUUUGUGGUAAUAAGUAUUAUGUAUAAGUUUCAUAACAUUUGGUUGAGGCAAACUUAAGUUAGAGAACGGAAAUGAAAAAAUCAGCAAUUUUUCCAUUUGUAAAGGGGCAUAACUCUAGAACAGUAAAAGUUACACCACCAAAAUUCAAACUUGAUCUGUGUUUUGUGGUAAUAAGCAUUUUGUAUAAGUUUCAUAACAUUUGGUUGAGGCAAACUAAAGUAAGAGAACGGAAACCAACUUUGUGACGUACGUAAGGAUGGACAAGGGUAAAACUUAAUGCCACAUCCGCUACAGCGGGGGCAUAAAAACUACAUUACAUCUCUCCUCCAACAAAAUGUUUAUAUGCUUGUCACAUAACAGGAAACUUGACUGUGGUUGUUUUCACCUAUAUCUUAGUGUUCUUUGAUGUUUCAAGAUUUUGGAAUACAUGGCAUCUGUUAGUUAGUCUCUCAACUUAUUUUUUAUAUUAUUAUUUUGACUAUUAAAUGUCUUUUUGUGUUAUUUUU